CUCUCUCUCUCGCUCUGUGUGUGUGUAGCGCAGAUGCAGCUCUGUGGAACGCAGGGAGCAUGAUAAAAACCUGCAGUUCUAUGUCUGGUGAAGCCCUCUGUUUCCUACCGGUUUCCCUCUUCCCCUCUGCUGAUCAGUCCAAGGACACUCUCCCCCUUCUCUACACAGCCUCUGCAGCCUCUUUAUCCAGAUCCCUCACACGGAUUGCCUGCCAGUCACAGCACGGUAGUACAUAGCAGGGUUGUCCCUCCUCAACCCCCCUUGCUUGCAUAAUGAAUUAUCCUCACGUGCACACUUUUGUUAUAUGACACCACAAGGUAUGGAGUAGGACACUGAUAAGGGGAAUGAAGCAGGCUACACUUGGCAACAAUAAAUUGGUCUGUUAAACUCGACCAGCUGAACAAGAGGGCGGAGUCUCUGUGUUAAAUUGACAGUUCUUCAACUCUAUAGUAUAAAGGGAACGGAGGCAGGACCUCCGCUUGCGACUGACAGCUCUGCUUCAAUUCGCUGGAAAAGAAAAGAAGGCGUGUAUUGAACUUGUGAUUGGCAACUUUGCCUCGUUCAGCUUUUAUAAGAGAACGGCGGGGCCAAAGUGUGUUAUUUACAGCUCUUCUGCACAAGUGGCUGUAAGAAAUUGGGGGCGGACUCUACUCUUUGGAUUGACAGCUUUGCUACUGUUUGUAGACGGACGGGGUGGGGUUAUUUUCUGUGUUACUCUCUGUGGUGGGUGGAUUUGCAAUUGAGAGAAACAUUGGGCGUUGCGACGUCAACACGUACAGGAGGAGGACGCCCGGAGCAUGGGUCGGAAGCGGUGCGUGGGAGACUGUUCCAAGAUGGCGGCGGGCUGCUGCGGUGUAAAGAAGCAGAAACUAUCCAGCUCUCCGCCAUCUAGCUCGGGCGGGCCACACUGUAACGGGGAUAGCCAGUGCCGCGGGGCGGAGCUUGGACUUGGGGGCUCCGGCGGUGGGCCCGGGGGUAGCAGUCGGGUGAACGGCCUGGGCUGUGGGAACAGCCUAUCCCCUGGCUGCGGGACAUUAUCUCCGGGCUGCGGCUCGAGCCUAAACCCCGGCUCCCGGAAAAUGGUGGUAUCGGCUGAGAUGUGCUGCUUCUGCUUUGACGUAUUGUACUGCCACCUAUACGGAUACCAGCCGCCCCGCACACCCCGCUUUACCAAUGACCCAUACCCGCUGUUUGUAACGUGGAAGAUUGGAAGAGAUAAAAGGCUACGUGGAUGCAUAGGAACCUUUUCUGCCAUGAACCUGCAUUCUGGUCUCAGGGAGUACACACUUACCAGUGCCCUUAAGGAUAGCCGUUUUCCCCCAAUGACGAGGGAUGAGCUGCCACGGCUAUUCUGCUCAGUGUCUCUGCUUACAAACUUUGAAGAUGUAUGUGAUUACUUGGACUGGGAGGUGGGUGUUCAUGGCAUUAGAAUAGAAUUCAUCAAUGAAAAAGGAUCCAAACGAACCGCCACAUACUUACCGGAGGUUGCAAAGGAGCAAGGAUGGGACCACAUACAAACAAUAGAUUCCUUAUUGAGGAAAGGUGGAUACAAAGCUGCAAUCAGUAAUGACUUCAGGAAAACUAUUAAACUGACAAGGUAUCGCAGUGAGAAGAUGACAAUGAGCUAUGCGGAAUACCUUUCCCACCGCCAGCACCAUCAUUUUCAAAAUGGCAUCGGGCACCCUCUCCCACCAUACAACCAUUAUUCCUGACACUGAGCCGCAUGACCAGUCACUAGACCUCUCUGCAGAACUUUUCCCAGUAGACCCAGCCCCCUCUUGGUCUAGCUAUCUGUAUUACUGUACAAUUUUAUGAUGAUUGUUUCCGUUGCCCUGCUCUUGCUUUGCUGACAUAGGCAUCUAAAGCUCAUCAGGGCAACGGGUGGGAAAACAUUAAGUACCCACAAUCUGUUUUUGUUUUGUUUUUUUAAUUAUUUUGAGCUAUUUACUUUUUUUUUUUUUUUUUUUUUUGCAGCAUACCUUUUUUCUUUUACAUAAUUUUGCUUUUCACCUCCAGCUGUUUUUUUUCCAUGAUUUGGAUUAAGGAGUUAAAAAUAAUGUGAGUUCUGUGAUUUGAUAAAUGAAUACUUGAGAAAUUUAGAUAUGCAGAGCUAGUGAACCUCCUGGGCAUAUCAGCCAUUUUUUUUUAAUGUGUAAAUGUUUCGAAAGCUAUAGGCAUUCAUGGUAGACCCUUUAUGUUGCACAUUGCUAGCAGGGUAUAUCACAUGAAUUAAUUUAUUUAAUCUUGGCGUUUCCACUGACUUAUGACUCAUACAAGUGUUUUUGUUUUAUCUGAUAUUUGCUUUGAUUUUUUUUUUGAUUUUUUUUUUAACGGACUCCUUAUUGGGAUAGAUAUAUACACAUACAUUUAUUCUAACUGGAACUAUAUCACUGUAAAUUGCUAGUAAGAAAACAGAUACUUGUCCACUCAGAUUUUUUUUUUUGCAUUGCCUGCAACAGAGUCUAAGGGGCCAAAUUAUCAAGCUCAGAAUGAGCCUUCAGGCUCGCCGGAAACAGAAGUUAUGAAGCAGUGGUCUAAAGUAUGCUGUCGGCAUUUAUUGAUGUGCGGCGGACAUUAUACGCUACAUUGUAUCAUGUCCACUCGCACUUCAAUAAAUCAGCCCCUAAAUCUGCACUGUGACCAAGCCAUCCUAAUGGCAAGCUCUCCACUAACAAUGGUUUGCAGCAAAUUAGGACUCUGGGCAAUAGCAUCAUUUAUUUUUUUUCCUCCUCUGAGUCCACUCCAAGAUUGAUAUUCUCAGUAUGAAUGAUUGAAGCAACUGCUUCUAUGGUUGUGCUUUAGGGUUUACUUUUUCACUGAGCCUGCAGCUGGGAUGUAACUUUAUUAAAUAUGCUGUUGUAAUUUUAAUAUGGACAUAAAUAGCUGCUUUAUUCUUGCAUAAGAGAUUUUAGACCUUUGAAGGAAAGUUUUUUUUUUUUUUACCUGUAUUGGUGAAAAUGUUUUAACCCCUACCUCAGAAUUGACUUGGGUAUCAGACAGCUUAUUGCGUAAUGAAUUGUAUUUUAUAACUUUAAAAUAACCCAACACUGCUUCAGCUCACUGUGCCCUACAAUACUUAUGUAGUUGUCUAUUUUAAACCACAUAAAACUUAAGACAUAAGAAUUCCAUACAUUUUUCUUUCAGAAGUUUAAGAUUUAGUUAAAUGGAAUCACAAUAUUUUAGCAAAUUCUUUUUUGGGUAAAGUCCUUUCUGUGAAAUAUGAAGCAAGACCAUUGUAUUUUGUUAACAACUAAAGAUGGCCUGUUUUCAACUGCAAAACUCUAAAAAGAUCAGAUAGUAGAGGAAUAUAUAGAUGCACAUGUCCAUGUUUACAUUAAAUAUUGAUUACGUGACUGUAACAGAGUCAGGCUGUUUCAGGGCUGUUGCUGCUGAUUUUAAACUCUUAACUAGUUGGACAUAUUUAGCACAGCUUUCCUGAUGACUGUCACAAGUCAUUACUGGGUUUGUGUUCUUUUUAAUGGGGGAGGAGAAAGGAAAGGAGCAAUCUGGAGCUUUGCUUUAUUGGUUUGCUAUGUAAUAUCCUUGUAAAGAAAGCCGCUCCUCUCAUUUUACUUCCUCAAGUGCCAUUAAUUCUGUUCAUAGCUUUAUAGACCUCUCAGGCAUAAAUAGGUUGAAGAGUUAGUAUGCUGAUUGUCAUUAGCCUAGGUGCUAUCAUAGGUGUUGCUGCCUUGACACUCCCAGAGAAGACUUCAGAUAGGAUCUUGUAAGUUCCAACUGCGUAAGCCAGACUUACACCCCCUAAUGAUUUGGUUGCAGAAAGAGAUCAUUCCCCCUCCUUAGUACCUACCAAAAAUCUACUAAUGGCCUCAGUAUAGAGAAGUUAAAGUUGUGAUCAUGUUACAGAAAUUCUAGGAUGGUUCUCGGAUUCCAUAUCCUACAUUGAUUAGUCCAUAGAAUGCCAAUUAGUGUUUUCAGAGGACACUACUGUAGAAGACUAGUUGUUUUUAAUUAGAUGUUUAUUUGACUUUAGAAAAUACUACAGUUUUUUUCCAAAAAGCGUACAGCCCUUUAACUGUCAGGGAAUGGUGGCUUGCAAGGGGAUAUUUUUCCACUAUAUUUUAGUUUAAAUGCCUUAACCGUCUCUUGCUGAAAGAAUUGUAAGUAUAGACAUGUGUGAAUUUGUACACCACUAUUCCAUCAAGAGGACUUGAUAUGUUUUUAUCAUUUAAUCCCCUUGCUCGCUGCACCCCCCCCCCCCCCCCCCCCAUGUGUUACAUUUGUUUUACAUUGUGUGGCAUAUUCAUAUGCGCUUUGGUUUUAAGCUAAACAUUUUUUUUUUUUUUUUCUAUUAGAAAAUGUUUUUCUUCCACUUUAUUUUGCAUCCAGGGGAAAAAGUGAGCACAAGCUGAGUUUUUAUGCUGCAAAAAAAAAAAAAAAAACUUUUGCCACUGCUGGUAAAAGCAAAGUAAAAUAUUGUUCAUUCUUCUGAAUGAAGUUUUUUUUUUUUUUUUUUUCUUUAAACUAGGUAUUUAAAGGUGCUAAUCAUCCUUGCACAAGGCCUGUGACUGGUCAUGCCAACUCACGAUCAUAUCAGAUUUUUUUACUAAUCUUCGAUAUAUGCAGAUGUUCUUCUUCAGAUGUUUCUUACCAGUGUAAUAAUGCUAUACUGAUAAAAUGCCAAUCCUGCAGGUUUUGAUAGUACAAGGUCAGCAAUACUUCCCAGCAUGGCUUAGGGGAGAAAAAAAGAACACAAAAAGGAUUUUGUUUGUUUUGUCCUUUUUGUACAGCUUAGUGCACAAUGCAUUUGUCUUUAGUAGUUAUUAAUUAAAAAGAGUGUAAAGGCUGUUAUACAAGUGUGUGUGUGUAUAUAUAAUACCAAAUUUAUUUCAGCCUUAACUUUUUAUUAUCAUAUAGAGGGAAUGGUUUUAGUGUGUUCUGCUGUCCAAAUGCAAAAGAUUAAAGAAGCCAUCCAAUCUGUAGGAAUUCAUAUGAUGGUUUUUAUUUGAUAUUUUUUUUUUUUUUUUUUUUUUUAUUUGAUGAAUUUGUUUUUUUAAGAGUUGCAUUUUAUUUUGUUUGUUUUUUUUUCUUACUAUGGGAUCAAGCAUUAUAUAAUGUGACUUCAUGUAGAACAAUGAAUGUAUAAGAUUUCCUGGUAUAUUUCAUGUUACAACUCCACCAAUGGACCCCUGCAUAGCUUUCAGAUUAUUUUGGUGGUGAUUUAAAAUCAUAUAAGACAAUGGGGGGGGGGGGGGGGAGGACAUUAAUCAGUUUCACUCAUUUUCAUUUUUUUUCUUUUUAAAUAUCUGGUUUAGUUUUUUUCCUUCUCAUUUAAACAUUGUUUUAAUAAACGUGAUAAGGUUCUUAAGAAUUAAGUGAAAAUAAAAAGUUUACUAGAUAUACAUAUAGUUGCAUUUUAAUACAAGAAAACCAACAGUGAAGAUUGUGUGGUGUAUUUAAAACCAUUUUAAAACUGAUCCCAUAACUAAUGAACUUAGUUUAUUGCAACAAUAAAUAUUUAAGGAUCACUGUUGGUUUAAAACAUUAGCCUUUGUGUUACAUUUAGUCUGUGAAAUGCAGAAUAUAUGACACUUAUAAAGUGUUGUGAUUUGCCACAGUGAAGUCUAACUUGAUUUCUAAUAGAUGCAUGAUCCAUGAUCUGGAGUUAUGUUGGCUAACAAAUUUUUAAAUCAGCGAAGAUUAGUUGAUUUAAAUGGGUAAUAAAAUAUAAAUUUUAUUUGAUAAUCCCUUUUAACAAAUAAACAGAUUAAUCAAGUGAUUUUCGCUAAUUAGAUACAUGUCAUUUGUUCAUUUGCCUGAAAUCAAAUACAGAUCUGAAUUCUAAUUAUAUGUCAUUAAUUAGUAUAAAUUAGGACAGCCACCAGGUCUUUGCCUUGAUACUCAAUUAUGUGAAUCCGUAUUAGGUUGGAGUGGGAUUGCAUGGAUAAAUACAUUUAUUACUGAUUCCCUGUUCAUUCUGUAUUGCAUACAAACUAAUAGUUCCUAACAAAACAGAUGGCUUCAGGAUGCUUUUAGAAUAAGAUUUGAUUAUUUAAUUGUUGCAGAUGGACAUAUAAAAACAAAAGCAUAAUUUGGUCUGUUUAUAGGGAUUUCAUGUUUUUUUUUGUUUUGUUUUUUUAAAUAGUAUACAUUAUUACUAUCACAUUUGUGUUAGAUAUUCUGUCAUGUGGCAAGCAAAUGGAAUAAAAAAAAAACAAAUGCAGUUCCAUUGUCCCCCCAUUUUAGCCACAAAAUUAGUGUUUCAGAAUAGGCUGAUUCACCUCUUGCUUGUAUAACAUUCUUAUGCCUUCUGUCUUCAAAUGUGCAGGUUUCUUAAAAUCAAUUCUCUAAAUGUACACACGUCUGAGAUAGAUAUCAUCUCUUAUAUGUUCGACCAAACCAAAGAAACCUCUGGCCAUAUUGAUGCUGCUCCUUAAAGCCUUUUAGUUCUAUCAAACAAUCCUGCAGGAUUCAAAUGUGUUACCUUUUUUUAUUUUUGUACAGUUUCUAAUGUUUUUUUUUUUUUCUAGUGAUGUUUAAUUGAAUCAAGUUUAUUUGAGGAGACUGGAAAAACUUGCAUCCUCUGUUUUAAAUAAACUGGUAACUAUUUUCCCCUUUUCAUUCUUUAAAGAACCCUUACGUGUGCCUCUGAGAUUUAAAGGGUUCUAUGUUACAUUCAUUCUUAAGACCAGCAAUGAUUAUUUCUAUAUGGAGAUGUUUUUUUUUUCUUGGAGUUUUUUUAUUACUGUUCCAGAAGAAAAAAAAAAUACUAUAAAUAAAGUUAAAAAAAAAACAAAAAAAACUUUGCGCUGGACCCAGUAACUAUGCUGGUUGAUAAACGCACUGAAAAAAAUGAACUUAUGUUUGAAACUUUUGUAUAAACCUAAAAUGACUGUUUUUGUAUAUUAAAGUUGAUUCUUUUUUUUUUCUGGGGAAAACAUUGGGAUCUAGUUUCUAAGUUAGUGUUUUUUAUAUGUUAAAGAAAAAUAUUGCUUUGAAUUUUUCACCAGCUUGACUUCAAUGCAAUGGUGAUUCAACUUCUUCAGGGCUGCAGAGGCUUUCAGUGUGUUGCAGAGCAGUGCAUUGUGGGCCCCUCCAACUAGAAGUAGUUAGAUUCAAGGGGUUUUACAACUACCUGGAGUAGCUGCUUCCCCUACUUAAUUUUUCUUCUUUCUUAUUAACUUGAUUAUGAAUUACUAUAAAGGCAUCAUACAUUGCAUAAACCCUCUACUCCUUUUCCAUUUAAACUAGAUCCUUCCUUCCACAUAUAGUUGCUCUUAGUGUGAAGAAACUGUUAAAAUGGGCAUUUUAUUAUGAUAAGUAAGGCUAAAAAAAGGUAAAAAUGGCGAAAAGGCAAAAAAAAUUCUAUAUAUAGAAGGUUAUUUGUGGGUCUGUGAGAUAUGGCUGUGGAAAGAUAUUGUAGUAGUUUUAACACUAUUGUUAUUACAUUUUAAAUUACCCAAUAAAAUAUGGAAAACACUUAAA